GUGCGCACUGGCGGCGCGGCGGCAGGGCUGCGAGGCGGGCCGGCGCCGCGGUCCGGGCGGCCAUGGGGCGGGGGGCGGCCGCGGCGCCGGGGGGCGGCUAGUGAGGACGAGCAGCGGCGAGGCGGCGGAGUCCGGGGACUGGGCCCGGCAAGCGGGCGGCCCCGCAGGCGCCCGCAGCAGCGAACGGGAUCGGUGCUUCUUUCGCCGCAGCCCGCGCUCGCCGACGCCGGAGAUGGAGCCGGAGGAGGUCGGCGUGCGGAAGGGGCUGAGCGCGGACGCGUCCUACCGCUGCACUGCCUGCCACGGGGACGAGGAUGCUGGGCCGGGCCGCCCCCUGCGCGGCCGGGCCAAGUCCCGCAGCCUGUCUGCCGCGCCGGCCCUCCCCAGCACGAAGGAGUUCAGGAGGACCCGCUCUCUGCACGGGCCGUGCCCAGUGACCACCUUCGGACCAAAGGCUUGCGUGCUGCAGAACCCCCAGACGGUCAUGCACAUCCAGGACCCCGCCAGCCAGCGGCUGACGUGGAGCAAGUCCCCGAAGAGCGUCCUCGUCAUCAGGAAGAUCCGGGACGCCAGCCUGCUGCAGCCCUUCAAGGAGCUCUGCGUGUACCUGAUGGAGGAGAAGAACAUGAUUGUGUAUGUGGAGAAGAAGGUUCUGGAAGACCCCGCCAUCGUGGGUGACGACGGCUUCGGGCCGGUGAAGAAGAAGUUCUGCACCUUCCGAGAAGACUACGACGACAUCUCCAACCAGAUCGACUUCAUCAUCUGCCUGGGUGGGGACGGGACCCUGCUGUACGCCUCCUCGCUCUUCCAGGGCAGCGUGCCUCCGGUCAUGGCGUUCCACCUGGGCUCCCUGGGCUUCCUGACCCCUUUCAACUUCGAGAACUUUCAGACCCAAGUCACGCAGGUGAUCCAGGGGAACGCAGCUGUUGUUCUCCGGAGCCGGCUGAAGGUCAAGGUCGUGAAGGAGCUCAGGGGGAAGAAGGUUGCCGCCCCCAACGGGGUCAGUGAGAAUGGGGUGCUGGCUUCGGACCGAGACACGGAGGCAGGGAAGCAGGUCCUGCAGUACCAGGUACUGAACGAGGUGGUGAUCGACAGAGGCCCCUCCUCCUACCUGUCCAACGUGGACGUCUACCUGGACGGGCACCUCAUCACCACGGUGCAGGGCGACGCCUGUCCCUCAGGUGUCAUCGUGUCCACCCCGACGGGCAGCACGGCGUACGCGGCGGCGGCCGGAGCCUCCAUGAUCCACCCCAACGUGCCGGCCAUCAUGAUCACGCCCAUCUGCCCCCACUCCCUGUCCUUCCGGCCCAUCGUGGUCCCCGCAGGGGUCGAGCUGAAGAUCAUGCUGUCACCGGAAGCAAGGAACACCGCCUGGGUGUCCCUGGACGGACGGAAGAGGCAGGAGAUCCGCCACGGAGACAGCCUCAGCAUCACUACCUCGUGCUACCCGCUCCCCUCCAUCUGCGUCCGGGACCCCGUGAGCGACUGGUUCGAGAGCCUGGCCCAGUGCCUGCACUGGAACGUGCGCAAGCGGCAGGCGCACUUCGCCGCCGAGGAGGAGGCCGAGGAGGAGGGGGAGACGGAGGACUAGCGGCGCCGGCCGCAGUCAGUCACGCGUCCACGUGGGCGCCGGCGGCCCCGUCACUCCUGGCUGUGGCCGGAGGAGGAGCCCAGAAUCUGCCUUUUGUCGACCAGAUCAGCUGUUUCUACUCUCUCACGUCUGACCUCUUUCUGCAUUUCUGAGUAAAAGCCAAGGAAGCGAUGAACGAAGCUUGGAGAGCCACGCGGCUCGCCUGUGGGUCCCGUCGCCGGGGAUCCGGCACCGGCCAGCGCCCCACAGCUCCCGGCCGGGAGCUCGGUGCAUCGGUCUGCUGCGAGGAGAGGGCCCGGAGGGGGCGGCCUGUCCUGGGGUGUGGGAGUGCCUGUCUCACAGCCGAGCCUGCCCUGGGCCACACGCUCACCCCCCCCCCCCCCCGUGCCUCCCCGCCGUCCUCGGGGGAGGCAGCUGGAGAGCCCCUGGGGAGCAGUUGCAGGCAGCUGGGGCCCCUCCCUCCCACGCGGCCCCCAGGCCCUGUCUCCCACCCCGGCUUUGGGGUGACGGGCUCGGCAGAGCGUCGCACCGUGGCCCGGGAGCCUGGGUGAGAGGUCGGCCCACACACAUUCCGCGCGCAUCGGAGCCGCACCCCCACGGGCCGCAGGGCGCGUCCAGCCCCGCGUGUUCGUUCCAGGUUCUCGCAGGCGCGCCGACGUGCUGUCCCCGCACCCUGCCCCGCACGCUCGGAGUGUGACUCCAGAGGAGGCCCAGCACGGGCGUGAAGCCGAGCCGUGUUCCAUGUUUCUUGUGUGUAAGGGGCGCGGGACCAUGUCUCCAGUCCGGCAUGGCCACCUCGGGGUGGGGGGGGGGUCUCAGUUGGGGAGCCACGUGGCUUCGCAGUUGUCACAAGGCAGCUGGUGUGGGGACGGGGGCGGUGGCGCUCACUCGGGUCUCGGGCCACAGGGACAGCCAGUCAUUCCAGCCGCCGCCCCGCUCGGCCAGCCACCCGGACACGCGAGAGCACACGCAUGCGUAUUUGCCGUGUGGGGGCCGGAGCUGGGGUGGAGCCCGGGCUGGGAGCCCGGGCUGGGCUUGCCCGUGGCCUUGGCCCCUCUCCCAGCAGCCACCCACAGCCCGAGCCUGUUCCCGUGCACUGACGUGUCCCUGAGCGGUACGUUUACCUGCUAGAUCGGGGCGAGGGGAGGGCUGGGUGCCCUGCCUGGGCCUCGCGUCUGCAGUGACGGGUGGGGCUGUGCCUUGCCCACUUGGGGGCCACACGCCCCAGUCUUGUGCACGUAGGAGGGCGCCCAGGGCCAGGUCUCCGAGGCGCUGGCCCUGAAGCCUGAGCACUGUCUCCGUUGUCUGCGCGAGAUGAAGCACUGCCCCCCCCCCCACCCCGCCCCUGUGGAGGCACCUCGGCGUCCGGACUGCGGCGGGGCCUGGCGCUCGGCCUGGUGCCGGACGUGGAGGUGUGCUCUCGCCGUCCCCCAUGCUCCCACCCGGCUGCCUGCCGGCCGAGGGGACCCCACCCCGGCUUCAGGGGCAGACGUGUGGCCUUCGGAACAGAUCACUUGUUCAGCCGGGAAAGCGAGGGUUAGCCCAGGCCUGAUCGCAGCACGGUGGUGCGGCGAUCGAGAAAGCUUUGGAUUUUUUUGAGUAAAUUCUUAAUGUUUCAUAUUGUUAAUAUUCUUAAAAUUUAUUAAAUGUUGUUGAAAGCCUUAUUACUAUUUUCAGAUCCUUUCAAUAAAGCCACUUGUUUUAAGA